UUCCCCGUGCUCAGCGCGCGCGUCCCUUGCCGGCCCGGGGUCUCCCCGCGCACCCCCGAGACGGCGCGCGCCCAAAGCGAGGAAGCCCGGAGCGCCGGGCGCCUGGGACCCCGCGGAACCGCUGCCCAACCUGCGGGGCUCGGCAGGGAUGCAGGUUGCGCUGUGAGCCCGGGCGCCAAGGCCAUGUCCGGCGCCCGCUGCCGGACCCUGUACCCCUUCUCCGGGGAGCGGCACGGCCAGGGGCUGCGCUUCGCCGCGGGAGAGCUGAUCACGCUGUUGCAGGUCCCUGACGGCGGCUGGUGGGAAGGCGAGAAGGAGGACGGGCUCCGUGGUUGGUUCCCGGCGAGCUACGUGCAGCUGCUGGAGAAACCUGGGAUGGUUCCCCCUCCGCCGGGAGAGGAAAGCCAGACCGUCAUCCUCCCACCUGGCUGGCAGAGCUACCUGUCUCCACAGGGACGCCGUUACUAUGUCAACACGGCCACCAAUGAGACCACCUGGGAUCGGCCCAGCAGCACCCCUGGAAUUCCAGCCAGCCCUGGCCCGCACAGGAGCUCUCUGCCUCCGACAGUGAAUGGAUACCACGCAUCAGGGACCCCAGCACACCCUCCCGAGACUGCCCACAUGAGUCUCCGAAAGUCUACCGCUGGUGAUUCCCAGAACCUGGGAUCCUCUUCGCCAAGCAAAAAGCAGAACAAGGAAAGCACCAUCACGGUAAACUGCGUGACCUUCCCUCACCCGGACACGAUGCCCGAGCAGCAGCUGUUGAAACCCACCGAGUGGAGCUACUGCGACUACUUCUGGGCCGAUAAGAAGGACCCCCAAGGCAACGGCACCGUGGCCGGGUUUGAACUGCUGCUGCAGAAGCAACUGAAGGGCAAACAGAUGCAGAAGGAGAUGUCAGAGUUCAUCCGGGAGAGGAUCAAGAUUGAAGAAGAGUAUGCGAAGAACUUAGCAAAGCUCUCCCAGAACUCCUUGGCUGCACAGGAGGAGGGCUCCCUGGGAGAGGCGUGGGCUCAGGUGAAAAAGAGCCUGGCAGAUGAAGCAGAAGUUCAUCUCAAGUUCUCGGCCAAGCUGCACAGCGAGGUGGAGAAGCCCUUGAUGAACUUCCGCGAGAACUUCAAGAAGGACAUGAAGAAGUGUGACCACCACAUCGCUGACCUCCGCAAGCAGCUGGCCAGUCGCUAUGCUGCCGUGGAGAAGGCCCGGAAAGCCCUCACGGAGCGGCAGCGAGACCUGGAGAUGAAGACCCAGCAGCUGGAGAUCAAGCUGAGCAACAAGACAGAGGAGGACAUCAAGAAGGCUAGGAGGAAGUCCACACAGGCUGGCGAUGACCUUAUGCGCUGCGUGGAUCUCUACAACCAGGCCCAGUCCAAGUGGUUUGAGGAGAUGGUGACCACCACACUGGAGCUGGAGCGGCUGGAGGUGGAGCGUGUGGAGAUGAUCCGACAGCACCUGUGCCAGUACACACAGCUGCGGCACGAGACGGACAUGUUCAACCAAAGCACAGUGGAGCCUGUGGACCAGUUGCUUCGGAAGGUGGACCCGGCCAGAGACAGGGAGCUGUGGGUCAGAGAGCAUAAGACCGGCAACAUCCGGCCUGUGGACAUGGAGAUCUAGGAGCACCUGCAAGACUCUGGGCUGUCUUCCGCAGGAGAGGGGAUGGGGGGCGCGGGGAGGAGCUGCCCUCCCACCCGUUCUCUUGGCCCACUGGGAAGGAGCAGAGUGAGCUGGAGACCGCAGGAGGACAGCAUGGAUGGCCCAGCUGGGGGACACCCCGAUAUUUCCAGGCCAAGACAACGGACCCAUUGCCCUGCCCUUGUCUCGAGGCCAAAGCCCUCCAACUUCCCUGCUGUGCUCACCCUCCUGAGGACAAACUGAGGCUGGAACUUGGCUGAGCGCUGUAGGGGUCACUGUCACACACUAUGGUCCCUGGAAGCCCCGAGGCUUGUCUUCCCCAACACCCCUCACCCUCCCAGGGCUUGGGAAGGUCAGAAAAGGGACCUCUGUCGCUCCAAGCCAAGGUCAUCAUGGUGGAUAGAAGGUGCCCUUGGGCCCGUAGCCCACUCACAGAAUCCAGAAUCCCUUGUGACUGGCCCUUUCUGUUGCUCCCUUUGCAUUCUGGGAUCCCAUGUCUGGCUUUUCCCAGCUCCCUAUUUCGUCCCCUCCCCCGCCCCGGGGUCUUUGGGAAGAAGGCCUGGCUUCCCUGGGCCAAUGCCGCCUGCCUGGGGAAGCCAGGAUGGAACUACCUCAUUGAGCACGUCAGCCCCGAGUCGGAACAGCAGGUUGUGCGUGGUUUCCGUCAGGUCAGGCUUCAUCUGGGAGGUCUCCUUUAGAUCCCUCCACCCCUGGCUCCUCCAGCUGCCCAUCCUUCAGCUGUUGCUCCUGGAAGCCCCCAGCCCUGCCCCUGCCAUUCCUUUCCAACUCCAUUGAGGGAUUCCCAGUGUUCCUAGUAAAUUCGACCUCGCCCGGCUGCACUGGGGUCCAGAGAUGCAAAUGAAAGACAGUGCAAGUGAACUGGCCAAGCACACAGGGUCUACCCACCACUGUGGCCUCUGCACCUGGCUCUGAAUGGGGCUGGGUCAGGCCAGAGUGG